AUGGCUUCCCGUCAGUCCAGCUCGCCCAGCUCAAGACACGAGGAGCCUUGGGCCAACGUACACCAUUCUUGCGAAUACUGCCUGAAGGCAUUCCCUCUGGACUUUUCUGAGGACAAGCAGCACCCGUCCGGCCUCCCUGCGAACAGAUGGGCGCUCAUCGAGAGGCGACUUGGCGAUGACGCUCCCAAGUUCCUAGAGCGUGUCAAGGAAGGACAGGCACCACAGCCUUUCGGACUGGCCCGCACUCUUACCAAGGAAGUCACAUUCUUCGAUGUCAAUACGCCUGAUCUUGAAAGUUGGGCCGCUCAAGGCUGUCUGUUCUGCCGUCACCUGCUGGACCGAAUGGCGGAUGCUGAAGAGAAAAUCGGCGGCACGAGAGUUUUGGGUGUCAAAAAGGGUCCGUUUCUCGACUUAUCUUCCGAAUCCGCCAUGUCCAUCAUGAUAUUGGACCUGGCAACAUAUCGCUCAGAUAGGCUACAUACUUUCAGCUUGUGGACAUACCAUGUGGCAUGGCUUUCUAAUGGUUGCCUAGGCUGCGACAUGCGCCGGCCAGCAUUGCAGCCAGUCAAUCCGACACCCUCGUCGCCUUCUUCGCUCUCUCAAUAUCGGACCUGGCUUGAGACAUGCCGUAGGACCCACCGCAAGUGUCCAAAGCCAAGCGAGUUUGUCCCAACUAGGCUACUAGAACUCUCCAAGACGCCCGAAGGAUUCGUAGAAGCUCGACUAUGCGAGACUUGCGAGAAAGAUAAUGUCGAGCCCUUCGCCGCCUUAUCGUAUUGCUGGGGUGGAGACCAGCCCCUGAAGCUCACCAAAAGCACGAGGAUCCAGCUCUUGGAGCAUAUCAAACCUGAAGAGCUCCCUCAAACUCUCAGUGAUGCCAUCAAUGUCACCAUCUCGCUGGGCAUCAAGUACCUCUGGAUUGACGUACUUUGCAUCAUCCAGGACGAUAACGAUGACAAGGGUAGAGAACUAGGAAAGAUGUCCAUGAUCUAUAGCUGCGCGCUGGUGACAUUGGUAGCCUCACGGGCGGAAGCCGUGCAAAAAGGCUUUCUCCAAGACCGCCCCAUCGGAAAUAUCCCUGGAUUUGGUCUCCGCGGUCACCUGCCUGCAAGCGAACCUUGCGUUUUCUUGAUUCCGAGGCAAGACUUUGAGAACAUGGGCCGUAGCGACAUUUCAAAGGCAAACAAAGCCAGCUAUAUCAGCCAACGAGCUUGGUGCUUCCAAGAAAGGUUGCUAUCGCCACGUAUCAUUGACUUCGGGGCGGUUCAAACAAUAUGGUGGUGUCAAGAGUCUGAGGACACAUCAGCGCAUGGGCGUCCUCAGUGGACCGAUGGCUGGGAGAAACCUGGACCCGACGAAGAUCACAGCUCGAUGGGUAUUGUCGCAAAGGAGCUGGCCUGCUGGGAAUAUCCUGAAGCUCAGCGCAAGGCCGACACCAAAGCCAAGAAGAAACGGCCUGGAAAGACCAGUGGAAAGGCCAAGGGGUCAUGGUAUGAGAAGAUUGAAAAGCAAUUGAUAGGCCAACUAGCCGCGUUGGGGAUCUCGAAGGAUAUGAAAACCCGGUCAAGCCAAUGGGCACGCGUCGUAGAGCGAUAUACACUCCGGCAGCUAAACUUUUAUACCGAUCGACUUCCUGCCAUUUCCGCCAUAGCGCAGGUCUUCCACUCUCAGAAUAAGAGCGGUUAUGUCGCUGGACUCUGGGCCGAUAUGAUGCCUCGGGCACUUCUGUGGGGAAGAGGCUCCUCGUAUCUCUGGCCUCGACCAGAAGGGGGCUAUUGUGGUCCAACUUGGUCAUGGGUUGCAAUGGUCGGCCCUGCAAAUCUCAAUGGGAACGCUCUUUAUGAUCAGGAGGCAAGAGACAUGGAUACAGAGAGGCACGGAAAUAUUGUAUCGUGGGAUCUAACACCACUACAUGACUCUCCAGGCUCGGAGAUUAUUGGCCUUCGCUCUGCAGCGUUGACCUUUCACGGGCGUUUGAAGCCUGUCUAUUGGUGGCAACCUCCUGUGGAAGAAUGGACAACCAUCAAACGGCCACCUAGCUGGCGAGAUUCACGACUCCCAAGGGUACCUCUACGGGCGGGGGCUCCCACUGCAAUCGGUUUCAAUCCUGAGACAGGCACCGUUGACCCAACCGACCCAGACAUGGCGAGACUGGACAGUCUUCCGCCUAAACCACGCCUUCACCCGUCCAUAUACUUGUUCACAAGUGAUAUCAAGGGAUCGGAAGAACUCAUUUUCGGUCACGUCCAGUUCGAUGUCUUCUUGCCCGCAUUCGAGGCUGAUACUCGUCAAGACAAAACCCGGCUCUUCCUACUUCCCAUGGCCACCGACAUACCGUGGACCCGUUCUGAGCGCCUGAAGGCAAUCAAAACGCAUAAGCACUACAAGUACUUGAAGGAGAAGCUUGAAAAAGAACUUCAAGACCCUUGGGGGCCUCAUGUGCAAGCCAUAGUUCUCCAACAAUCCGCUCAAAGUGGAAGGUAUGAGAGAGUCGGCAUCUUUCACUAUGGAUACAUGGAUGAACCUGGACAUGGUGUACACAUGAGCAAUGAUGAGUUCAACGAGACGUAUAAGCUUCAGUAUCAGUGGCUUCACGACGGAGAAAAACAAGAUAUUUACAUUGUCUAG